AUGGAGACGGUGGUGAUCGGCAUGGUGGCCGUGCUGUUCGUGAUCACCGUGGCCAUCACCUGCAUCCUCUGCUGCUUCAGCUGCGACGCGAAGGCCCCGGACCCCCAGGGCGGGCCCGGCCGCAGCUUCACGGUGGCCACGUUUCGCCAGGAGGCUUCUCUCUUCACGGGGCCGGGCCGCCACGGCCAGGCCGUGGCGGGCGCCCGGGACUUCUGGACCUUCAUGUGA